AUGGGCGGGGCAAGGGGAGUGGGGGGGCUUUCACGGCCAAGCGGAAAGAAAGUGGAAAGUGAGACAAAUAGCUGCAUGGACACUCUGCCAUAAAUCACGGCCGCCUCUGCUUUCCCCACCACGACUCUCCUACCCGCCGUCCUCUCCCACCCCUCUCCUCCCCCGCUCCCCUCGCCCAUCGCCUUCUCCCAUUGCCCCCUCCUCGGCCUCCAAGAUAGAUUCCCUCAGGAGCAAGGUUGACCUGCUCAAGCUGCCGUUGGCCCUCUCCACCAAGUCAAUCUCCGAACGCAAGAACCAGCUGGGCGGCGUCGGCAAGCCGUGCGGCACGGGCGGAGGAGGUGGAGGAAGCGGGGCUCGUAAAGCCCGCUCGCCACCCGCCCGAGACAUGGAUAACGAGUCGCAGUACUCGGGAUACUCGUACAAGUCGUCGCACUCCCGGAGCUCCCGCAAGCACAGGGAUCGGAGGGAUCGCCAUCGCUCCAAAAGCAGAGAUGGAAGCAGCCGCGGAGACAAGUCGGUGACUAUUCAGACACCCGGAGAGCCGCUUCUCGACGCAGAAUCAACACGUGGAGACGAUCGGGAUGACAACUGGGGCGAGACCACCACUGUGGUGACUGGUACGUCGGAGCACAGCAUCUCCAAUGAAGACUUGACCAGAGUUACGAAGGACUUGGAGGAGUCAACGCCUCUGGAGUGCAAGCGCUUCCUGGGCCCGGCUCUCGGCGGCCUCCUGAGCUUCUUCGCGCUAGUUACGCCGCUCGCCUUCCUGGUGCUGCCGCAGGCGCUGUGGCGCGAUGACCUGGAGCCGUGCGGCACGCCUUGCGAAGGCCUCUAUGUCUCACUGGCCUUUAAGCUGCUCGUGCUUCUCAUCUCCUCGUGGGCUCUCUUCCUACGGCCGCCGAGAGCUACGCUGCCGCGCUUCUUCGUCUUCCGCUGCCUACUCAUGGUGCUGGUCUUCCUCUUUGUGGCAUCCUACUGGCUCUUCUACGGCGUGCGCGUGCUGGAGCCCCGCGAGCGAGACUACCGAGGCAUCGUGGAGUACGCCGCCUCGCUGGUCGACGCGCUGCUCUUCAUCCAGUACCUGGCGCUGGUGCUGCUGGAGGUGCGCCACCUACAGCCUGCUUUCUGCCUCAAGGUGGUGCGCAGCACAGAUGGGGCUAGUCGCUUCUACAAUGUGGGCCACCUCAGUAUCCAGCGGGCAGCCGUGUGGGUGUUGGACCACUAUUACAAUGACUUCCCUGUCUACAAUCCCGCCUUGGUGAACCUGCCCAAGUCCAUUCUGUCCAAGAAAAUGACUGGCUUCAAAGUCUACUCACUGGACGAAAACCCUGCCAAUAAUUCUACGGGGCAGUCACGCGCAAUGAUUGCGGCCGCAGCCAGGAGGCGAGACAACUCCCACAAUGAGUUCUACUAUGAGGAGGCCGAGAUGGACCGCAGAAUCCGCAAACGAAAGGCCAGGCUGGUGGUGGCAGUAGAGGAGGCGUUUACACACAUCAAACGCCUCCACGAAGAAGAGGCAGUGGCAACCUCGUCCCCAAAGCACCCUCGCGAGGUGAUGGAUCCCCGAGAGGCAGCGCAAGCCAUUUUCGCCCCUAUGGCAAGGGCCAUGCAGAAGUACCUGAGGACAACGCGUCAGCAGGCCUUCCACAGCAUGGAGAGCAUCCUCACGCACCUGCAGUUCUGCAUCACGCACAAUAUGACACCCAAGGCCUUCCUGGAGCGUUAUCUGAGCCCGGGGCCUACCAUGCAGUACCAGCAGCACAACGGCGGAGGGCGCCAGUGGACGCUGGUGAGCGAGGAGCCGGUGACCUCGGCCCUGCGCCAAGGCCUGGUCUUCUCCGUGCGCCGCCUCGACUUCUCGUUGGUAGUCACCGUCACGCCGUUGCCCUUUCUGCGCCUCGGCGAGGAGUUUGUGGACCCCAAGAGCCACAAGUUCGUCAUGCGGCUCCAGUCCGAGACGUCCGUGUGAAGAAGGCCCGCGCUCUCCCGGACAACGUGAAAACACGUUCAAUCAGCUCUCGAUGCCUUGGACUUGUCGUUCCCGUGUUGUUGCAACACGUGGUUUUUUACGAAGGCGCCUUUUUUUAUUUCUGUUUUUAACCACUGAACUACGAAUACGACUACGGUGUUGCUUCUUGUCUCUAAAACUGUGACAGCAAAGUAUCGCCGCUUUCCUUCACAACUGCUUCCUGACUGUUUCCGUACAUCUUUUUUUCUUCUUCUUAAUAAUUUUUGUACUCAUUUAAGGCCACGCCGACAUAAAAAUAACCCAAAACGCCGCCUAGCAUACUUGCCUAAGUAAAUUUAGCAUCUCCAGAACAAGAACAAACGAGACCAAUUCAACAUACAUAAGGAGUCCAAUUGCAAAUUAGUAUGACCCAAAUGGCAAAAGAAUCUACAGGGAAGCAUCAGAUUUUUAGAUGUAACAAAAUGAUAUUCAAAAUAACUUUUAGCAAUUAUGCUAUCACGCUACUGAUAUAUUACGAUAACAAAAAAGUGUUUUACCAAAAAAAUGAAACUGAAGCUUGCAAUAAUGAUAACUGCCGUAAAGUUACAUCUUGGGUUAAGGGAAGUCACGUUUUGGUGAUGUACAUUUUUCAGUAAUAUGUGACUUCCCUAUAUUUAGUCCCUCAUCAAAUGACCCAAAAAAACAAUAACAACAAAAUUGCGCCCUCCCCCCCACACACACUUUUCCCCCUUUAUUAAAAAAAUGUACCUCAGUCUUGAAAAAAGAAUUACCGAAAUUUUCGCACCAUAUGGCGCUCCUGACUAUAAGCCGCCACCCACCAAAUACGACACAAAAAAGGCAUUUGUUAAUAGAUAAGCCGCAGCUGUCAUCACUGUAUUAUGGGAUAUUUACACCAAAAGAUGUCAACCGCUAACACUUUCUUUGACAGUGGCAUCAUAAGACCAAAUGAACCACCAUGGGGUAGACAGUCAACCUCUGCUACCACCUACUGUCAACACUGUUUUCGUCCAGCAUGCCUCCUAGCAUACAUUGCUGUGCUACAGAUGUAAAUAACAAAUCAAAAUUCAUGUUCUGUGCGAAUUAUUUCUUCAGUUACUGUUCUAGUUGUUUCAUUAAUUUCUAGUUAUGGAAUUUGGUAGCACUUUGACAGUGUCGCCAAAUUAUCUCCAUUUUAAAAUGAUGUAAAAGAUCCGAGGUGGACAUAAAUGGAGUUAGUGACAUAAUUUGCCGGAUGACACUUAUGACAUCAGUCAUAAGCAUUCAUUAAUACCCAUGAUAAUGUCAUGUUAUAAUUAUGACGGUGUUAUGGCAGUCUUAUGAUGCCGCUGUUAAAGUGUUACUUAUUAACACAAAUCAACAAAUAAGCCGCAAUGGACUAUAAGCCGCAGGAUUCAAAAUGACCUUUCUUCCCAAAUGAUGACUUUUUUUCCCCCCUCUAAGAGAUUUUUUUUACCCCCCAACACACUAAAAUAUAAACGCCUUGUCUUUAGAUUUUACUUUUUUUUUUUCCCUCAAUGCUGGAAAAAUGUAACUUUUGAAUAAUAUGCUACAUCAAUUCAUGAAAAGAUGUGACUAUGAUUUUUAAUUGGGGGGGAAAAAUGAAUUUUUGAAACAUUUCAGUUUUGGAAAAGCUUGGAUUAUUAAAUAUAUUUUUUAAUGGCUCGGCUUGCAAAAAAAAAUCUGAAUAUUCUUAAAAUAUGCGAUUUGAUCUUUGAAAUAUGCAAAUUGAUUGUAGUUCUUGGAACUAUGUGAUUUUAUCCUUGCAAAAAUCCUUAUAAGAAUUCACUUUCUUUUUCUAAUGCAACUAUUUUUAGGAUUUUUUUCCCCUCCUAGUGAGCCCCUAUCCUUGUUGGUACGCACAGCAGAAUGUAGCAUCUACGAAUACAGUUCUAAUAGUGCUUUGUGAUGAUGUCAUUGGUUCUCUUUAAAUUCCGUGUUUGCGGAUCGCGUCAACAUUUCACUUUAACACAUAAAAACGACACCUUAACACUAAAACAUUAUUUUGCCUCCAGUCUGUAUAGCUUUAACAACAGAUGACAACAUAACACUCAUGUAGUUAGUACGUGGAUUUUAUGCUUUCAUUUAGUAUCAACUGACAAUGUUUUAACAGCUUGUGUGCAUUUAAAAAAAUGCAUAGUUCAGCUAAUUUAUUUUCCUUUAACCGUCAACAUUUUAGCGUGGAGAAUACCUAUCACAGCCUCAUGUACCCUCUUGAUACUUAGGUUUUUGGAUGUUUGAACAGACUGCAUAUCAGCAAAAUGAAAGCAACCUUAAGCCUUAACUGCUGCGGCGUUGCACACGGCACAUUUCUUGAAAAAAAAAAAAAAACAUUCAAACAGAACUCCUCACCAGAUUUCUUGAGGGCUGCAAAAUUUUACAUUUUUACAUUUAAUAUCUUUUUUUUUAAGGUGCCUAAGUUAUGAUGCAAUUUUUUCCUGAAUGUUUUACGAGUGGCCUGUAAAAAAAAUACAAAACAAGUGAUGGUAAUGUAGAAUUGUUUUUGUCUUUGCAUUUUUUUUUUCUUUACUGUUGUUAGCAAUGUAUAGUGUGCUAGUAUUUUUCCAACAUUAAACCAUCUUAUU